AUGCGAAUUUCUUUCAGUGGCUGGUUGCCGUUCGGUACUCGGGUGAAAAGUGGUCAUUGGAUGGAUGACUGUGAGCUGUUACAGCUAGACAAACACUUCUCUGCCUUUAGUUAUAUUCUAGGUUACGUAAUAUCGUCACUUGAUUUCGAUAUCCAUAACAAAGUGAGUGAUCGUCGUUCAGAGUUGAAUCGUUACGUUCAUUUGAAGCGUUGGUUCAAUCACAUUUCGUCUUUUACGAUUGCCGAAAGAAAUCGUUUGUUGGAUGCGAAAGAACCAGUAAAAAUCCAAUCGAACUGUUGUGUGAGAAACAAAGAAAUGACUGGGUCAAGUAUGUGUGAUGCAAGUGGCGAUUUUGAUUUGCCACAAGUAUUACUGAAACGACUUGAUCGAAGUAAUGAACCAUUCGAUACACUCGAAAUAUCUUCAGCAAUGGGUAUUGAUCAUCAAAAAAUUAUUGGUGCUGUUAAAAGUCUUCUCAACAAUGAAGGAUUGAUUUCAACCGAAAAUCGUUCAAUGAAACGAAUAGAGUUAACGGAGGAAGGAAAAGAAAUGGAAAAAAAUGGUUCCCAUGAAGCGAAGGUUUUCAACUUAAUUGGUGAAAAUGGUAUGGAACAAUCACAAGUGAUGAAGCAACCUUACGGUAAGGUUGGCGUGAGUAAAGCGUUAGCAGCUGGUUGGAUACAAGUCGAUAAGAGUGGUGGUUCGGUGAGACUGAUUCGUAAAGUGGAAUCGAUCAGUGAUGUUGUACAGAAACAACUGAGUUAUAUUGCUGAUGGCGAAUAUUCGGAAUUACAUCCAAAAGCACUUCAAGAACUCAAGAAACGCAAACUCAUCGCUGAAGUGACUAUCAAAAGUUAUCUCGUCAAAAAAGGAUCGUCAUUCACAACAGUUAUUAGUAAAACAGAGUUGGAUCUUACUCCCGAAAUGAUAGCAAGUGGUUCAUGGAGGUCGAAGGAAUUCAAGAAAUAUAACUUCAACGCGAUGGGAGUAAUGCCAACCGGUGGUCAUCUUCAUCCACUUAUGAUAGUUCGAUCUGAAUUCAGACAAAUCUUCUUCCAAAUGGGCUUCACGGAAAUGCCUACGAAUCGUUACGUCGAGAGUUCAUUCUGGAAUUUUGACGCUCUUUUCCAACCUCAACAACAUCCAGCUCGCGACGCACAUGAUACGUUCUUUGUUAGUGAUCCAGCAUUGAGUUAUGAAUUCCCUGAAGAUUAUUUAGAGAGGGUGAAGACGGUUCAUUCAAAAGGAGGUUAUGGCUCGAAGGGAUAUAAUUAUGAUUGGAAAAUAGAAGAAGCGCAGAAGAAUGUAUUACGAACACAUACAACUGCUGUAAGCGCGAGACAACUCUAUAAACUUGCUCAAGAGGGAUUUAAACCGAGCAAAAUGUUCAGUAUCGAUCGUGUUUUUCGUAACGAAACACUCGAUGCAACACACUUGGCCGAAUUUCAUCAGGUUGAAGGUGUUAUAGCAGAACGAGAUCUGUCAUUGGCGCAUGUCAUGGGUCUGUUCACUGAGUUCUUUCGCAAAUGUGGAAUAACGAAUCUUCGUUUCAAACCAACUUAUAAUCCGUACACAGAACCAUCAAUGGAGAUAUUUGCCUAUCAUGAGGGAUUGAAGAAAUGGGUAGAGAUUGGGAAUUCGGGAAUGUUCAGACCUGAAAUGCUGUUACCAAUGGGACUUCCGGCUGAUGUUAACGUUGCUGGUUAUGGUCUUUCUCUUGAAAGACCAACGAUGAUUCGUUAUGGUAUCGACAAUAUCCGCGAUUUAUUCGGACCAAAAGUUGACCUCAAAAUGAUUUAUGAAAAUUCAAUAUGUCGACUCGACAAAGUGUAA